GUCACUGUCAUCCUGUGUUUUGGACAGUGUAAUUUCAUUCUUUUGGCGAGUGAAAUAUCUCUUUCCAAGGUUGAUAUAAUGACGAUUUACCGGUGAUAUUUACACUUAGAAAACCUGACCAAGAUUUUAAAAAUGAAGCUCGAAAGAUUCGAGAUCCGCUUUGACAAUGACCGUGGUGUGUUUGUUUCUGGGGAGCAUGUCAAGGGAGAGGUCGUCCUUAAACUUACACAGCCCAUGAAGAUGAGAAGUAUCGUCAUCUACUUCGAGGGCCGUGCCAAGGCCCACUGGGAGGUGAAACAUGGUCGGACAAAGACAGACUACCGGGGGAACGAAGGCUACAUCCAACAUCAGAUCAAGCUGUAUGGAACAGGUCAGGCAUCAGUGGAGCACCCCGCAGGCCUACACAAAUACCCCUUCUCCCUGGCCCUACAGCCCACGCUCCCGUCAUCCUUCGAGGGCCGCCGUGGCUACGUGCGCUACUUCUGUAGAGCAACCAUAGACCGACCCUGGAAGUUUGAUGAGCACACCAAGAGGCCAUUCACAGUCAUUCAUCAUCUUGAUCUCAAUUUCAUCAGUAAUGCAUCCAUGCCAAUUGAGGGUGAGCAGGAACAGACUGUCGAGUCUUGCUGCUGCUCGUCCGGGGUCGUGACAGGGAGGCUUUUGCUCAACAAGACAGGCUACGUUCCAGGGGAACCCAUUGUGUUUACCGUGGAUGUGUACAACAAGUCUGACUCCAACGUGGAGAGGAUAGAACUAGAACUUCGACAGAUUGUGACAUACACAGGAUUCUCUGACAGUAUCUUUUCCUCGGGCAACCCGAAGCAGCACACCAAACUGGACCAGUUUGAUCUCCUUUCCCACCCCUGCCGUAUCAAACAGAACAUGGAGGAGCACAUCAACAGGGGAGGCAUUAUUCCCGCUCUACCCCCGUCAGGCCUGGAAGGAUGUGGCAUCAUUGAUAUUCAGUACAUUAUUGCUCUGAAGGUUCAUUUGGGGUGGAACACUCUGACAAUAGAGCGAGGAAUCAUCAUUGGUACCAUACCUCUACAUCAACCACAGGCAGUACCUGGUUACACUCCUGCCCUCGGCCCCUCCGUGCCUUCAGCUCCACCCACAAUGGAUCAGCCACCGCCCUACUGUGAACCCCCUCCAUCAUAUGAAGAAAGUGUGUUUGGUCGUACUGAGAUUCGAGACGAGAAUGACGAUGCUCACACAAGCGGCCUGUCUGCAUGGGCUCCAUCGUACCCCUACUACACCUGGAACCCCACCUCCCAAACGCCGGGCAUGCCCUCAGGAUUUUUACCUCCCCCAGGGGCGCCAGGUGCUCCCAUCACCACACAGCCCACUGCUCCACCCCCAGCCUACAACCAGAUAUAGCAGGGGUCAUGAAAUAGGGUAGGGCUGGGGUGUGGGGAUCUGUUAUUUGAGGGUUGGGCAUACAAUUAGAUGUAUAUAGAACAGAAGGUUGGCCUAAAUGUAGUGAUUCGUGUAAACUAGUAAUAUGUUUGGCAAAUACAAGAAUAGAAGGGAAGAAACUAGAAAGAAGGUUGGGUGGAACUUUGGGAUGGGAUCUAUUUUUGGGGGGUCAGGCAUAUAUAUAUAUAUAUAUAUGAAGGGGUGGAUAUGUUUUUAUAUGAGAGGGUAGAUUCAGUUUAACAUAUGCCUUUUAUAUGAACUGUUUUGGGAGGGGUGGGAUCAAUGGGGUGGACGAACAAGAUUGUGGUGUAAGACUGAAAAGGUUUGGUGGGUGAAUGUGGAUGGGAUCAAAGAUUGAAAUAGCAUGGAUGAACUAUGAAGGAGGGGAAGGUGGAAAUAGGAUAGAUGAUCUAGGAUGGGAUGGAAGUAGUUGAAUGGAUGAAGUUGUGAACUAUUUUGGUAAAUGGUGUGAGAGAGAUUCCAGUUCGACAGAACUUUCAGCAGCAUAUUUGAACCUCAAUAACUCGGAAUUCCAAUCAAAUCUGUUUGAUUAUUAAUUUGUACUGAAUCAUACUAAUUUGUGUAUUUACAAAUGCAUGUUUAUAACUGCAAGUAGUUGCACGAGAUAGAAAUACCCUUGACUGGAUGAAGAGCAAGAAAUACAGCUUGUGUGUGAAAACAGUUGUAUAACGGUUGUAUUUGAAAACAAUAUGCAGUUGUAUAAGAGUUAUAUCCAAUAACAGUAUGCAGUUGUGUAACAUUUACACAUAAAACAGUUGGCAGUUGUAUGACAGUUUUAUCGAACAACAGUAUGCAGUUGUGUAACAGUUAUGUGUAACAACAUUUUGUGUUGUAAGACAGUUAUAUAUACCAGUUUAAUGUGUUUAUUCUUAACUUUCCUUUCCUUUAUAUUUAUACCAAGUUUGCUUUUAAAAGUGAUAGACUAUAAAAGUUUAUAUUUGCCUUGUGCGUUAAAGGAGUUGACCCACUAAUUGCAUUUAGUCAAAUUGUUUCAUAUGAAAGUUUUAAACAUGUGAGCAUGAAGUUUUAAAGUUAAUCUUAAUGAAAAAUCCUUUUGAUUUGAUCUGAAUCUCCAGAACUUCAGAUUGAUUCCCAAAUAUGUGGAUCAAGUGUCGAAGUGAAAAUGUUUCUGAAGCCUAGCGAUCAAUUUUGUACAGAAAUAACACAGAGGUCAAGGACACUGGAGCCCUGGCAAUCUGAAGCAUUAAGAAUAAACCGGAAUGAAUCUGUUCGUGAAAGACUUUCAUCCAGAGUUCAAUUAGCGGAGGAGUUGAUCACUGUCAAGACGCUGCGUUUGAGGACGGAACUGUUCUGCCUGUUCAUCAGAUUCAUGGGAGUAAGCGUCCAUAUUUGGGCAGGAGUUGUGAUACUACACAGUGCUUUUUCUUGUCAGUGAGGUGACAAUUCCUGUGUGACUGUAAUGUAGAUAUGUUGUCUGAUGAAGAAUUUGUCAGUGAUAGACUCGUGUGUGCAGGCAACACCGAAUAGAAUUGGCUGUGAGGAAGACCUGAUGGUCAGAGUCGAUCAAAAUACUGUUUGUAGAGAGACAUGUUCAAGGAUAACCAUUAUGUUGUUUUGUGAAAGUUGUAUGAAUUUGUGUCAUGUGUAAGAAGUGAAUCAGUUACAGGAAAAUUCAGAGUGAUCACAAGACUGAAGAGGUCAUGUGUAAGAAGUGAUUAAGAAUUAUUAACCAGUUAGAGAUUAUAGGAAGAUGGUCUCAGAUUGGUGUCAAACAACCACACACUUGAUGUUCAGUGUGGGUUUGAUGUGAACAGAGUGUUUUGAAGAACACGUCAUGUGGUGCUCUGUGAUCAAGGGGUUACUUGAUACAGGAUGUUCCGUGAUCAAGGGGUCACAUGAUACAGGGUGUUCUGUGAUCAAGAGGUCACUUGAGCAGUGUGUCAUAUGAGGCUCAUAAUGUUCUCACAACAGUGCAGAAGUGAGAGAAAAAUGAAGAAAGAUGGAAGAAACAUGCAUGGAACAGUUAAAGAAAGUUAUGUAGAUAAUCAAACUACCAAAUUAAAACUAUUUGAGACAAAGCUGAAACAGUUUCAGAAGAAAAAGCAAAGCCUUGUUCAGGGACAGAUAUGAAUUAACUGAAAUAGGGCAGGAUCUGCAGCAGCAAUGAAAACAUACAUUGGAGGAACUUCUUCCAUAAUAGAGCAGUUUUUUGUUUAAUGUUUAUCAUGAACAAGCAGUUACCCCCCUUGUUUUAUGUUCAGUAGUGUUUGUAUGGAACUGUUAGCCCAGAGGAUCAAGCCCGCACACACCAUUGGUCAGUUCUCCACAAUAGGUAAUCUGUAGUCGCCCAUUUCAGGAUGUUGUUGCUGAAAGCAGCCUCCGUGUUCCUGAAUGGUGUCGUCACAUUGGGUAUACAUGGGCUCACUUGGUUGAGGGUGUCCUUUUAUCAUUAGUGGUGCUUCUUUAUGCUUUUAGUUGUCAGUAUAUAAAUCAUAUAUAUCACAAUCAUGCUAUAGCUAGUCUCCUAUUUAUUCCAUUGUGGGCUUAUUUUGUCACAAUAAUAGUUCACAAGAACUGAGGUGAUUUGUUUUUAGAUUUUUUAGAAUAUUCAGAUUUUUAAGAGUUAGCUAGGAAUGUUAUAACCUAUAUGUGAACAAUUGUAAUGAAUGUGUUUGUUUAUGAGCCCUCCAUACUAGAUAGCCAUAGCACGAGAUCAGCUUGAAGACUGCAGGUUGUAUGAUUAAAUUUAGAAAGUGGGUCAUUAUAAAAUGAUGCUCAGAAAGUAUUACCUAGUAGUUGUUUUCAGAAGGAAAUGGUGUUCAUUUUAGUCACAGUGUGAUGAAUUUGCUCAAAGACAGGAUGUAACAAAAACUCUGCAGUUUUGUUUAGAUGCACAGAGAAACAGAAGGGAGGCAGUAAACAAUAACCUUGAACUUUUACAUAUUCAUUUAGAAAACCCAACCAUUUACUGACAUAACGUAUUCAGAACGUUUUAGCACAUUUUAUGGUAUGUUACAAAGUGUUCACGGUUUUACUGUUUUACUUAGUGCUACUAUUGUGGUACAUAUUUUAUGUUGAGUUUUGGGUUGGCCGUUCAGCCUUAGCUGAUCACAUUUUGGUUGCCUGCUGUUUUAUAAUACAAAUACCAUAUUCACCUAAAUAAGUGCCCAAGUGCUUGCUAAAAUCACAAAAUGCAUAUUGAAACAAUACCCAACAUUUUAAAUUUGGAGAAAAAGGGAAAGGGACCAUUUCUGUGUUCAAGUCAGAGGUAAUGUGUCCUUAUUUUUUUUUAAAAAUGAGAAAUUAACACUCUAUAUUUACCCAACUAUUUCUAUGAACUGAGAACCCACCAACAGAUUCACACACCUCUACAUUUAGAUUGAAUGUGCCCUUACAGGUUUCGGGGGGGUGUGGUAGCCUAGUGGUUAAAGCAUCUGCUCAUCAUGCUGAGGACCUGGGUUCGACUCCCCAUGUGGGUACAAUGUGCAAAGCUCAUUUCUGGUGUCCCUCACCAUGAUAUUGCUGGAAUAUUGCUAAACGUGGCGUGACACCAAACUCACUCACAUCCUCACAGGUUUCCCCUUAAAUGAGAUGAACUUGUAGGACAUAUAAGAAGUAUAUAUGUAUUACAAUAUGCACACAUAAUAAAAUGUUCAGUGUAUCCAUUUCAUACAGUUUUCCCAAGUCGUUAGCUUCCAGUUGUUUUUACAUAUUGAUCGUAUAGAUGUGGACAGUAAGUAGGUACUAGUUCUUUUCAAAGAUUGUGUGGUCAGUUGCAAAUCUUUCCAUUGUGUUCAGUUAUUUCAUCUUCUCAAAGAAAGUGUGUUUCAGAAGAAUCUGUACCAAAGAAAUGUCCUGUCGUGAAAUGUUCAUUGUCAUUAAGUUUUAGUAUAUAAUGAUUACAUGCACAUUCAAUAUAUUGCUGUAUUGUCAUGUGGUUGUUACAACUGUUUACUGUUACUGUCAGUUAUGUCCAGAUAUUCCAUGAUUUUGUGAAAGUACAGAAAAUAUAUCUCAUAAUUGUUUAAACAAUUUUAUCGCUGUGUCAGCUGAAUAUAAAAUUCAUAACAACAGUUUGCAUAACCACACUUAUGUAUUGCUGAACGAAGGGUGAAACCCCCUCUCACUUUUUAACUCAGCAUACCUAAGUGGAUUUGUUUACCAUUAACCCAUGUAUAAGGUUACAAGGGUCUAACAGGGCAACCACUGUUGCCAAGAGGUGUAAUGUGAGAAUGAAAUAUAGGUUGUCGUGAUUCAUGUACUGAUUCAUCACGUUUUUGCAUCUGACACCAGGAUAUGUCUAUCCAUAUUUUGAUUCAUAAAUUGAUCUUGUAUUGAUUUUGAAAUAGAAAAAAGAAUAUUUUUUUAUGUUUGGCGAUGGCACUGUGUGAUACCUAUUUCAGCUAUAAUUGCCUUCCGACCUUUCACAAAACAUAAUAAAAUUGCAUCGUGAUGUAGAAUGAGUCUCAAUUAAGCAGCCAUCAAGUUUAAAACCAAAUGGUUAACAGCAACAACAUUUUGUCAGCCA